CGUAUGUCGUCCAAACGUCACCCGACUAAGGAAGCUAACGACAAAUUGAAUGGAAAAUCAGAUUUACAACUCGACACAAAUAUGCGAAUUUGUAGCGUGCGCAACCUGCUUCGGUUUAUCUACCGGCACCAUUCUUAUGGGAUACGUGGCAUUACACGAUCCCCUUAAGAGUACGGUGGUGGCACUGCCAGCGGCUUUUGGUGUGUUAACGUUAAUUAAUCUACUGGUAUCAACGACAAACGAACCGCUCCUGUGGAAGUUCUGGACUCCAGUGGCGCUUCUCGCAGCUAUGCUGUUUUACGUCUCCACCGGUUGUCUGGUAUGGACGAACGUCGCUACCGGGUAUUACGAAUUACUUCUAAUCGCCUAUGGUUUCACCGGAUCGGUCUUUUUAUUCGACGUCGUCGACAUGGCACGUUUGCAAUGUUUCUACAAAGAAACCGUACCGCUCCAGCACCACGUGUCCCCCAAACUAAGCGACAAAAGCGUCCAAGUCCAAAUUGAAACUGAAGACGUUAAAUCGAUAAGCGAACAACCCGAACAUGUCGACGAUAACAAAUGCGCCCGUGGAGAGACGAGGAAAUUUAACAGAAGGCCGACCCCCAGUCACGGUGGAACCUUCCACGUUUCCAAGAACAUCGUCCCACUCUCGACGAUGAGAUCGGAAGACGAAUCCGACCACUCGUGCGAGUGCCACCCCCGCUCGAUCGCCGGACCCAGGCGAAGUUCGCAAGCCGGCGUAAGGCAGCCCCUAGCCACUUAUCAACUGAAAUGCGCGGACUGCGAGUGCCCGUGCAACACUGACGAGUACGUCUACGGCGGACAAAGGAAGAAACUGGCCGCAAUUCAGAGGAGCACUUCAGGUAGUCGCAAUAAGUACUCGGCGGGAAGCUGCCCAACUAGUAACAGUACUAGCGAACAACAUUCUCCGGUAAGCGACAAUGGCUGUGAAUGUACAACGUCCAGUUUCGCCACAAACUACACUACGUCGUCAGUCGAAAGGACUAUAGUUUUCCAAAGCUUUAAUCCGAAUUCUGGAAGUGUUUGGAGCAACUCGUGGGUUCCUGGUGCAGAUCGACCGUGCCCUAUACUUCCAGGAUCCGUUGCGGAUUGCACGCAGCCUACAACGAUCAACAUCGAAAGGUGUAUAACAAUUAAACAAGCAGGUAGCUAUGUGGUGUCUCCACAAUUUAAAACUGGAACACUUACUAGAACUCUGCCAGUAAGCAGAAUAGCGCGCAGAGGGACUCAGUGCACACAAAUGUAGAGUGGAAAUGACAACACGUGGAUAGAUUAUUU